AUGUAUGACCGGGCUCCCCGUGUGCUUAGAUUGGCUCAAGGGGGCAGCACUGAGGAUCGUGUGGGUCCUGGAUCUUACCAGGUUCCUUACCCGAAGCAGCAGGCAACAGGUGGCUAUGCACCAUUCCUGUCUUUGACUGCCAGGGAAAGUACUUUUACUGUCAUCUCUAACACUGAGAAAGAUGUUCCAGGUCCAGGACACUAUAAUGUUUCAGAAAAGCAGUGUAAUAUAAAAGGAGGCCAAAGUCUACAAAACCGGGAAAAGCGUUUUAAGAAGUUUAUUUCAGAUGGUCCAGGGCCAGCAAGCUAUGAUCGAUCUUAUCCUGGAACACUGGCUGUCGUGAACAGGAAAACUCUGGAGGCUAAAAAGCAUCUUCAGUCAAAAAUGUCAAGGGCACUUACAGUUUUCAGAAGUGUUUAUGUUCCUUCAAUUCCUUUUGGACGGUCAUAUGGUUAUGAUAUUAAUGAGGAUGACAGUAUCAUAAAACAUUUACCACCUGCCAGUGACAACACACUAGGUCCAGCAUACUAUAAACCUAAAAUUGAUUUUUCCAGUGCAACUUUGAAAUACAAGGGGAUACAUUUUGGCAACUCUUUGGGAAGACUCCUGUUACCUAUAACAUCAGGGCCUGGUCCUGGACAGUAUGAUAUAACCCAGAAAAAGGCACCUCAUUAUGAAAAUGUAAACAUCAAGAAAGAUCAACAGCAAAAUAGCGGCUCAAAUCUCCGACAACUUUAUAAAGUAAAAAUAUUGCAGGAGGAAAAAGAGGGAGUACCAGGGCCAGGAAAAUAUGACAUUAAGAGUCAAUUUCAGAAGAAUAAAAGUACAACAUCAAAUGUAAAUGAUGCAUCACCUGCUUUUCUUUCUCAAUCCCAGAGGUUUGUCCCUGUGAAAUCAAUCACUCCAGCUCCUGGCACAUACAGUGAAUCUCGAACUGCUUUCAAGCCCUUGAAGAAAACAUUGGGAUUGAAAAAUACCUCAUUUGGUCAAAGUGCUGCUCGAUUCACACAAGACUCUCAGACAGAGAAAAUGCCAGGUCCAGGGUUUUAUAAUAUUCAAAACAAUACGUUCAUCGACAACUUUAACCAUACCUCCUGGAAGAAACCAAAGAAAAGUGCAUUUGGUUCUUCUGUUCCUCGGACUCUAUUCCUGGUUCAGAAAGAAGUUUUUACUACUCCUGGGCCUGCUGAUUAUAAGGUUCCUGAAAUUUGUGAUGAACUACCCAACUUGACUAACCGAUAUGCUGCUUUCUUGUCAAGAACAGAAAGAACUACUAAAGUAUCAGAUGUGGGUGUUCCAGCACCAGGUGCCUAUGAUGUUCAAAAAUCCUAUGAGAUGUCUCAAAUUCAACAUAAAUACAUGCCACCUCGUACUUUUGUGGCUAGAAUAAAACAUGCCUCCUUUCUUAGCACAACACCUCGGUGCCUGGACAAAGUGGAUGAUGGGCCAGGACCUACAACAUACAGUCCUGUUUUAAAGAAAUCCUGCUUUAUACCCUCAUUUGUUAAAGCAUCAAAGCGUUUUAAAGAUUCCAAAGAGAUUACUCCUGGUCCAGCGACAUACGAGAGUGCAUCAUGAGAAAUGCUGGGCUGGAUGAAGCACAAGCUGGAAUCAAGAUUUCCGGGAGAAAUAUCAAUAACCUCAG